GGUGCGCUGAAAAGACGGAUUACUAGGAAGGGACUUCAGUUUUCUCCAAAAACCAGUGAAUUUAAACUCAAAUUGUAAAAAAUUUGAGAUCAACAAGAGCUGGUGCGGCUUUUUAAAUUGUGAAAGAAGUGAUGCGUUCAGGUAACAGGUGGUGAGAGAAAAGGGACGUGAGCGGAGAAAAGGUGCCUCUUGAACGCAUCAUGAAGCUCUCAGGUUCUCACCACUUAAGGUUGCUAAGUUUCAGAAAAACUUUCCAAAAGUAAAGAUGCCAACUCCUCCAGAGUGAAGCCAGACACCUAGAUGAAUGGACAGCGGGAUGUUUUCCGCCCAGGGYGCUCUGAACCUCAGCUUCAAUCAGAGCGAUGACCGGAAGCCGGAGGACGCGUCGGCCGACGAGGCGAAGCUGUCUCCGGCGGGCUUCGUGGUGCUCUCCGUGGCGCUGGGCUUCAUCAUGACUUUCGGCUUCCUGAACAACUUCRUCGUCCUGCUGCUGUUCUGCAAAUUCAAGAAGCUGCGGACUCCGGUCAACAUGCUGCUGCUGAACAUCAGCGUCAGCGACAUGCUGGUGUGUUUGUUCGGGACCACGCUCAGCUUCGCCUCCAGCAUCCGCGGCAGGUGGCUGCUGGGCCGCGGCGGCUGCAGCUGGUACGGCUUCAUCAACUCCUGCUUCGGUAUUGUGUCCCUGAUCUCCUUGGUGAUCCUCUCCUACGACCGCUACAGCACUUUGACUGUUUACAACAAGCGUGGACCAGACUACCGUAAGCCUCUGCUGGCUGUUGGGGGGUCUUGGCUCUACUCCUUGUUCUGGACAGUGCCCCCGCUGCUGGGCUGGAGCAGCUAUGGCCUAGAGGGGGCAGGAACGAGCUGCUCUGUCUCCUGGACGGCUAAGAGCGCUCAGUCUCAUGCCUACAUUAUCAGCCUCUUCAUUUUCUGUUUGGGCCUGCCUGUCCUGGUGAUGAUCUACUGCUACAGCCGACUGCUUUGGGCGGUCAAACAGGUGGGGAAAAUCCGAAAGAGUGCAGCCAGGAAGAGGGAGUUCCACAUCCUGUUUAUGGUUCUGACCACAGCAGCCUGCUACCUGAUCUGCUGGAUGCCUUACGGUGUGGUCGCCAUGAUGGCAACAUUUGGCCCUCCCAACAUCAUUAGCCCCGUAGCCAGCGUGGUCCCCUCACUUUUGGCCAAGAGCAGCACYGUUAUCAACCCUCUAAUCUACAUACUAAUGAAUAAACAGUUCUACAGGUGUUUCCUGGUUCUGUUCCACUGUGCUGACUGGUUGUCRGAGAAUGGCCACUCUUCAGUUGCCUCAAAGAUGACGGCAAUCCCUCUGAAUCGCAGAGCCAACAGCAACGAGGUGGUCCAAAUCUCCACUGAUGCUCUCAACUAAAGUUAUUCUCCCUCCUCAUUCAUCCUUAAUGUCUAAACCCAAGCCUGGAAAUCCUGAACAUUCCUGAACCAUCUGUUCUAAUAAUGACCUCCAUUAAUCCAGGAAGCCUUUCUAAAAGGACUUUAAAGCCUGGCUGCAGGGAUUUGUUCGCAUGAUGUUGGACAAUCUGAUUGAACCUGACAGUUUAUCCCAAAGCACAGUCACUGACUGAAUUUCAAGAAGCUCAAGUUGCUCUUAUGCCAAAUUCAUUACUUGUCAACAGCUGACAACGUUCCUGUAAUUGUCCUAUUACUGUGCAACAUUGUGUGAAACCAACACAGAAGAAAGCAUUAUGUGUACACCGGUUUCCAGCCACUGUUUGUUUAUUUCAAGUGUCUGUGCUUAUUCCUCUGUAAAAAAUCWSUUGAAAAGAAAAACUGGUAAUGAUGGCUGCAGUCUUUCAGGCUUUGUUUCUGCUUGUUUGGGCUUAAAUCUGCUCUAACUAUUAUUUUAAUUAUGGUUCAGUAACAAAAAUCUUUAGCAGUGCAUACAACCCAGCAAACAGCUGCCUCCAUCUGAACUAGAGACAGCCUAAACAUAAGCUUAAUACAAUAACUUUUAUGAAGCUACRUUUUAUUCAGUAAUUGUGUAUUAAUUUGCAAUAGCUCAGUGUUAAGAAACUUGGCAGGCUUGGUUCUCUUUUGACGCCUGGCAACACAAUAUAUGUUAUCUUUUUUGUUUUACUCUUUUAAUGUUCAUUAAAAAGUUUACUUUUAAACUUUAAAAAAAGACCUCUGCAACCAUAAAUGUUGUUAAAUAUAUAAUACAUAGAAUUGUUUUAUAGUUUUGUUCCAUUGUAACUUAUGUUGGCCAAAAUUUUAUUUNUUGUUCCACUUGUAUUUUUUCCCCCAAACCAAACUGGCUGCUGGUUCCUUUGUGCUUUUAAAAUGGUUUGUCAUUGUGCUGCUGUAAAGCUGACUCAUAAAUCUGUAACCAGUAGCUGUGGGGAAAAUGUUCACAUUAAAAUCUGUUCCUGUCCUUACUCCAGUCUUUGUGGUGAUGUGAACAUUACAAAAUGUUCGUUCCUCAAAAUUUCCUCUUGGUCAGAAUGUGUUCAUCUGUUUGUCAUCGUUUUUUUCCUCUUUAACAUGGUUUACUUUAUUUAUUUGUCCUGUAUUUUUCCUGCAUGCAGUUUGUGUUCAAGUCUAUGUUCACAGUUAGAUUCUUGCUUUCUGGACGGAUGGACACCAGAAAAGCUGCAACAUUUCACAGUGAAAUGCACAAAAUACUCAAAUAUGUUGCACACAUUUGAGCAUUUUUAUUACCUGAGGCCACGUGCAACAUGUUGAAGUAAUAAUUGAGUUAAGGAAGAUGUGAUAUGUGUUUGGUCUGCAGAUUUUUAAAGCAGAAAACACAAAACUGGGCAUUUAAAUAGUAAAAAAAAUAUAUAAGACAGAGUGAAGCCAAAUGUAUGUUCUAAUAAUGUGACAGAACAUGAGUCCAUCUAGAAGCUUGUUAAAACUUAUAAUUGACAUUGUUUCACUGUUGGAUUAUACUGCUUUAAUAAACAUUACAGUGGAAAACACAGUUCAGUUCUGUACUUUAAACUGAGAAUCCAAAAAUGCUACAYAAUUUGAUACAGAAAAAGUUGUUUUUCGAGAAACUAGUACCACAACAUUCUGCUGAGUAGUCCUGUAAUGGUUGGUUCCCACAGUGUGGUGCUCAACUUUCCAGUCUUCAUCUCCCACAGCCAGGGGUGGAAAUUAGCACCCGCCACUGGCCAAAUGCGGGUAAAAUUAUGGUGUCGCCUGACAAUAUGAAAACUGCCAAGGUAAUUCCUCUUUUUUAAAAAUGGUGAGAAACAUAUGUUCAAAAAUUACAGACCARUAUCCUUGUUACCACUGCUGUUGAUCAAAAACACUAUUGAGUAUUUAUGUAGAUUUAAAGAAAGCAUUUGACACAACUGAUCACAGUAUUCUUGAAAAAUUAAGUAAAUAUGGUAUUUGAGGGUCGGCACUACAAUGGGUAUCUAGUUAUUUGAAAGAUAAGAAACAGUUUGUACAAAUAAAUGGUGUAAGAUCUAAAUUAGGUAACAUCACACGUGGAGUCCCUCAGGGCUCUGU